GCUCUCUCCGCGGGUGUGCUCCAGACUCGCUGCCUCCCUUCAGUCCAGCACCGGGGCCGCUGGCAGCGAUGGGCCGGCUCGGUUUCAGCACCACGGAGAGCGCCAGACUUCUGCUGCUCGGUGUUCUGGUGCUGUCCGCGGUGCUGGCGGAGCAGGAGGGGGAGAACCUGUCCGGGCUCUCCACCAACCCGGACAAAGCCAUCUUCGCGGUCCGGGAGAACGCCACGACAUGUCUGAUGGUGGAGUUCGCCGUCAAAUUCCUCGUGCCAUACGACGUGCUCGCGCUCAACGGAAUCGACCUGAUCACGGAGCAGGCGUCCUUCACUCUGCCCCGCACCGCAGAGAUCGAGGGGAAAUGUGGACUCACAGAGUCCGAGAUCCACAUCUCCUGGAAGAACAACGCCUACAUCCUCCGCAUUUACUUCUCCAAGGAGUUCCGUGAUAAGGGUGCCGAGGUGUGGAAGAUCAGCAGAGUCCAGUUCGUGUACGACACCUCGGAGACAUCGCACUUUAUCAACGCCUACAACCCUGGGAAGCACACAGCCAGCACCCACCGACUGUCGGCCCUGGUGACCCCCGCGGGACGCUCCUACUUGUGCAUGGCUCAACAGACCAUCACCCUCAUCUCCAGUGACCACCAGAAGGGUGUCACAGUCUCCAUGUACGACAUCCAGAUCCAGCCCUUCGACAUCGCCUCUGACUUCAUGUUCAGCACCCCCUAUAAGUGCAUCACCGACCAGAGGGAGCACCUGGAGGAGAUCCUCCCCCUCAUUCUGGGCCUCCUUCUGGGCCUAAUAAUCGUCAUCAUCCUCGCCAUCUACCACUUCCAUCUCAAGCUGACAGCCAGUCAGCCGCAGCUCCCCAGAGAUCGCUCCAUGUACAAGAACAUGUAGUCAGCGUCUCCCUUCACAGCCGUCCUGACGGACUCGUCUCCUCGGUGUCCCGGCGCAGAGGAGCGCGUCCUCACGCUGGACUCAGUCCCUGAUUGAUGAAGGUGAAAGGCCCGCACUGCACUGCCCACUUGAGCUUCUGAAUCGUUAAAACACACGUUAGUGGGACUUCUUGGGACCUGAGGCGGGUGCAGAUGGAG